CGUCAGUCUGACCAGUGUAUCUCACGGAAGAUGCAGAAGAAAAAGGAACCGCUGCUUGGUGAAGAGUUACCCCACUGUGAAGAUGAGACAAUGGUUCCGGUUUUAACAUCGAAAAAAGCCAGUGAACUACCGGUGAAUGAAGUGGCGUGUUUACUGCAGGCGGACCUACAGUUCGGCCUGAACCACAGUGAGGUAUCUCGUCGCCGUGCUUACCAUGGCUGGAAUGAGUUUGACAUCAGCGAGGAUGAGCCGCUAUGGAAGAAGUACAUUUCCCAGUUCAAAGACCCUCUCAUCAUGUUACUGCUGGCGUCGGCCGUCAUCAGUGUGCUAAUGCGACAGUUCGACGAUGCCGUCAGCAUCACCGUGGCCAUUAUUAUUGUUGUUACAGUUGCCUUUGUACAGGAGUAUCGCUCAGAAAAGUCCCUGGAGGAGCUGGGGAAACUGGUGCCUCCAGAAUGCCACUGCAUACGGGAAGGACACCUGGAGCACCUGUUGGCACGAGAGCUGGUCCCAGGGGACACAGUCUGCCUGUCUGUGGGGGAGAGGGUCCCAGCUGACCUGCGCCUCUUCGAGGCUGUUGACCUGUCUGUGGAUGAGUCCAGUCUCACAGGAGAGACUACCCCCUGCUCGAAGUCCACAGCCCCCCAGCCAGCAGCCACCAAUGGGGAUAUCACGUCCCGCAGCAAUGUGGCCUUCAUGGGGACUCUGGUGCGCUGUGGCAAAGCUAAGGGCAUUGUCAUUGGAACAGGGGAGAACUCUGAAUUUGGAGAGGUUUUCAAGAUGAUGCAAGCCGAAGAGGCCCCCAAAACCCCUUUACAAAAAAGCAUGGAUCUCCUGGGGAAACAGCUCUCUCUCUAUUCCUUUGGAAUCAUAGGAGUCAUCAUGCUGGUUGGAUGGCUGCAGGGGAAGCAUAUAUUGGACAUGUUCACCAUCGGUGUUAGCCUGGCGGUGGCAGCCAUACCUGAGGGCCUCCCCAUCGUGGUGACGGUCACCCUGGCACUUGGCGUUAUGAGGAUGGUCAAGAAACGUGCCAUCAUUAAGAAGCUGCCCAUCGUGGAAACUCUGGGCUGCUGCAAUGUGAUCUGCUCCGACAAGACGGGCACCCUGACGAAGAACGAGAUGACGGUCACUCAUUUGUUCACCUCUGAUGGACUCCAUGCUGAAGUCACCGGGGUCGGCUACAACAAUGCUGGUGAGGUUCUGCUGGAUGGAGAAGUAGUCCAUGGCUUCUCCAACUCCUCCAUCAGUAAAAUAGUGGAGGCCGGCUGCAUCUGCAACGAUGCGGUCAUCAGGAACAACACCCUGAUGGGACGUCCCACAGAGGGGGCUCUCAUUGCCCUGGCCAUGAAGAUGGGUCUGGAGGGGGUCCAGCAGGAGUACGUGCGGCGAGAGGAGCACCCGUUCUCCUCGGAGCAGAAGUGGAUGGCCGUGCGCAGUGUACACUGCACUCAGAAGGAUAAACUGGGGCUAUUCUACAUGAAAGGUGCCUACGAGCAGGUGAUUCGCUUAUGCAGCUCCUACAACAGCAAGGGGCUGACGCUGCCACUGACCAACCAGCAGAGGGAGCUCUACCAGCAGCAGAAGAGCUACAUGGGCACGGCUGGUCUGAGAGUGCUGGCUUUUGCGUCGGGCUCCGAGCUGGGCUCUCUAACUUUCCUGGGCCUUGUGGGAAUCAUCGAUCCGCCCAGAGCUGGCGUGAAGGAGGCGGUGGGCACACUCGUCAGCUCUGGCGUGGCUGUCAAGAUGAUCACCGGAGACUCUCAGGAAACUGCCAUUUCCAUCGCCAGUCGACUGGGCCUCUAUACCAAAGGGUCUCAGUCCCUUUCCGGGGACGAGGUGGACCAGAUGGAUAUCCAGCAGCUGUCUCACAUAGUGCCCCGGAUAGUGGUUUUCUAUAGAGCCAGCCCCAGACACAAGCUGAAGAUCGUCAAGUCCUUGCAGAAUAUCGGCGCAGUAGUGGCAAUGACGGGGGACGGGGUGAACGAUGCGGUAGCCCUCAAGGCUGCGGACAUCGGGGUGGCCAUGGGCCAGACGGGGACAGACGUCUGCAAGGAGGCGGCGGACAUGAUCCUGGUGGAUGACGACUUCCAGACCAUCAUGUCAGCCAUUGAGGAAGGCAAAGGAAUUUACAACAACAUCAAGAACUUUGUCCGCUUUCAGCUCAGCACGAGUAUCGCAGCUCUGACUCUAAUUUCUUUGGCCACGUUGAUGAACUUCCCUAAUCCAUUAAACGCAAUGCAGAUUCUGUGGAUUAAUAUCAUAAUGGACGGUCCGCCAGCUCAAAGUCUGGGCGUGGAGCCUGUGGACCGGGACGUGAUCCGGAAGCCACCGCGGAAUGUGCGGGACAGCAUCAUCACCCGCAGCCUCAUCGUCAAGAUCCUGGUCUCGUCCCUCAUCAUCGUGUGCGGAACACUCUUCGUUUUCUGGAGGGAGCUGCGAGACAACGAGAUCACCCCGCGGGACACCACCAUGACGUUCACCUGCUUCGUCUUCUUCGACAUGUUCAACGCGCUCAGCUCCCGCUCGCAGACCCGUAUGGUGCAUGAGAUGGGCCUGUGCAGCAACAGAACGUUCUGCUACGCAGUCCUGGGCUCUAUCAUGGGCCAGCUGCUGGUGAUCUACUUCCCCCCACUACAGAAAGUGUUCCAGACCGAGAGCCUCAGCAUUUUUGAUCUGCUCUUCUUGUUGGGGCUGACGUCCUCUGUGUGCGUGGUGUCCGAGGCGAUAAAGAAGGUGGAGAGGUGGAGAGGCCGAGGGGCGGGGAGAACUGAGACGUCCGAUUCCUUCCACGAAGUAUGACGCACAUUGCGUCCGGCGUGGAGGAGCUGGGGGCGGCUUUUCGGGGUGGGGGAUCGCGCUCUGCGGAGGACGCAGACCGGACUGGAAAAUGUGGCAGCAGGAUAUCCACUGUUUACCGUUUGAAAGUUUGGACUUCUUCCCCCCCGAGUGUAAAUGGUGACGGGUGACACUGUCCUUACCUGAGAGAGGCACUGUGGUGGUCAGGAACAGAACUGGCCCACAGGGGCUUUGGUGUGCUGCUUGAGACCGUACAACUUUUUUGCCAUGUCUGGAAGAACAUUAUUUAUGAGGUUAACUGUUCAGAUAGCAGUUGUUGACGCCUUGGUUUCUUUGUUUUUAAAGGACGCUUUCUGUCUCCUUUUUUUAAAAAAACCUUCUUUGAGCACAGGCGGCUGAUAUAGCUUUUGUGGAACAAUAUGGCUAACGCCUUCACGCAUUCCGGCUCAUCUUGCUAGAAUGGUCCAAGUCCCUGUGUAGUUGCUUUGAAAUGUGUAACUUCACAAUGUAGGAGAAAAGACUACUUCUGUCAAAGAAAUGUGUGCGAUCAUUUUGUGUACAGACUUUCAGAGGCAGUUACCACUAAGUCGUGUAUUUCGUGGCUGAAUAGAUUUUAUUUGAAAAAGAAAAAAAAAAUUGUUUAACUGUGGAGUAAGUGUGAAUACGGUCAAUAUGGUUUGGUGUUGGAUGCAAUGCCACUGCUUUCUGCUGCAUGACCAGGGUGCUGGAGUCGUACUGUAAUGUCACCAUGUUUCGUUCUUUUUACUCUUACCUUUACCCAAAAAAGUAAAUGGAUAGUCAAGGAAAAUCAUCCUUGUUUUUUAUUCAGUAAUGUUUGGGUCGCUAUGUCCCUGCUCUUCACUUUAAGGGUGAAGUGUAAGUCUCACCGCUACAGCCUUUUGUCCUUAGCUUUGAAUAAUGAAUUUAAGUUUUUUUGUCUUUAAUUGUACGCAAAAUUUUUUGUUAAUUGACUGCCAAUCUUGUGGUAAUGCACUUGUAUGUGCAAAUAUAGAAAGAAAGCUUUACGUGAUUACAAACAAUGAUUAAACUAAGUACUCAAAGUAAAGGACAAGGUACUAUUGCAGUUGGAUUGAUCCUUUUUUAAAUCCAUAAUGGUUUAACAAUAAAGGGUGAAUGAAGGGGAUUGUUAAGGUGUCCGUCACUUUAUGGUUAAGUUCAGCCUUGACCUUAGUACCUCACAGAGAGCUCCUCCCAUAGACCCUGCUUCAAACCCCUCAUUCCUCCCCAUUCCCCAACACCACAUUCCCCUGAGCACUCAGAAUGAAUAAUCAAAAUGAUUUAGAAUGUAGAGUAUAUAUUAAUUUGUACAGUAUAUGCUGUAAAAUAAGUGAUAUAAUUUAUCUGUCCCAAUGAUGUCCAUUUGCACUCUUGAUCUUAAGAUAAUAACCUGCUGUACUUGUGCUUGUUGGGGAAGGACCUUUUCCAGCACAUAUACUGAAGAGGUUUUCCUCUUCACGUACCUCACAAAAUUAUUCAAGGCCUUUCUCUACGGGCAAGGCAGUCUCUUCUCUCUUACAUAAAGAAGCGAGGGAUUUUUAGGCCUAACAGCUGUGAUCUGACAGUUUUUUGUUUUUUUUUAACAGCUAAGCUUUCACGUUUCUUUUCCUGAGGCGGUUUUAAACACGCCUGGCUUUUUUCUCUGCUUUGAUCCAUUUGACAGGUCAAACUAGUAACCACCCUUGUUCGCGUACUGCUUCACUUUACCAAAAGGUACAGAAAGACCAUCUAUGUGGGAUUGAUGGCUGUGCUUCUUGUUUUGUGUUCACACAGCUGAAACCAGUACUCUGUUGUGGCAGUUGGAGAAUA